UGUUAGUUUUUGUCGCGAAAAUGGGAUCUUACUAUAUGCACUUCCACCUCAUACUACGCAUAUCCUUCAACCGUCCGAAAUCCCUUUCGCCAAACUUAAGAAGGAGUAUAGUAAAGGUUGUGAUAUGCUUUACAGCAGUAACAACAAGCUGGUGACCAAGCGUUCUUUUGCUAAAAUUUUUGGACCAGCUUUUAUCAUGACCUACACUCCCACGGCAAUAAUUAAUGCCUUUAAAGCUACAGGAAUUUGGCCUUUCAAUCCUAAUGCUAUCAGUAAUGACUGUCUCGAUCCUUCACUUGUUACUGAACGAUUUGACUUACCUCCUUCCCCACCCCUAUGUCAGCAACUUGAUCAGCCUUACGAACAAGUGUUUCCUCCUUUGCCAAAUAAAAUUUCAGCUUCGGUAGAACUUCAACCAACCUCCAACUACCCUACCCGAUCCAAUGUUAUUGAAGAGUUGAAACUGCUGAAGGUUGAAAACGAGACCCUUAGAAGAGAAAACGCACAACUAAAAAAACAGAAUGCCUCAAUUAAAGAAAACUUUUCAUUAGUACAAGAGGAGCUAGAAACCUUUAAAAAUCCCGGCACUUCUCCUUUAAAACUAGCACUCAAGUAUCCAGUUUCCAAAACUAAGGAACGGGAGGUUAGCGAAUCAACGAAAAAAAGAAAAACUUUGCCGUUUGCAUGGCUUCUUACUAACGACGAAUCUUGGCAAGAAAUAAAAAAGAUAGACGAGAUGGCGAAAAAAAAAGUAGAAACUACAAGGCAGAAAAAAGAAGAGGCCGCUCAAAAGCGAGCCGAUCGUGAGUUGGCAAAAGCACAGAAGCAAGCAGUUAGUGCACGUAAAAAAGAGGAAAGAAUGCAAAAAAAAAGAAAAGAAAGUGAUUAA